GAGAUCAGUGGAAAAAAAUAUAUAUGUAUACAUUUUUUUUUUCCUCCCGAAGAGAAGCAGCCAGAUUUACCGCAGAAAAAAAUAUUUUUUUCCCACUGAGCGACGAUUGCAUUUCUUUUGGGUGAAGACAGAAACGGGGCUGCGGCGUCUGGAGGGUUAACUUUCUGUAUUCUCAGCCUAAAAGGGUUUUGGGGGCUAUGAGAUAAAGAUGCCGGGGUCGCUGAGUAAUGAAGACGAGGGACAAGACGACAUGGAUUUUGAAGACGAUAUGCCAGAUGAGGAUGACGAAGGUGAGCGCAACACUGUCCCCCUCACGCCACUCGAGAGCUUCUUCUCUGAUGACGACUCCCUCAAACAACAGAAGAAGAAGAAGCCCAAAAAGAUGAAAGAGGGGAAAAUGCCUAAAGUGAAGAAGAGGAAAAAGGAGGUGAGUGACCUGGAAGAGGUCUCGGAGGUGGAGGAGGAACGGGAACGUCCAGAAAUAGGCUCUGAGAGUGAGAGCAGCACUUAUGGCCCCACCAAGAAGAAGAAGAAGAAACCGAAGGAGAAGAAAGAGAAGAAGCCCAGGAAGAAAAAGAGAGACGAGGAGGAAGAUGACGAUGAUGAUGAUGACGGGAACAUGAAAGAACCCAAGUCAUCCAGCCAGUUGAUGCAAGAGUGGGGUCUAGAAGAUGUUCAGUAUGGCUUCACUGAGGAGGACUAUAAAACCAUCACCAACUAUAAGGCUUUCAGCCAGUUCCUCAGGCCCCUCAUUGCCAAGAAGAACCCGAAGAUUCCCAUGUCAAAGAUGAUGACAGUGUUAGGGGCCAAGUGGCGAGAGUUCAGUGCCAACAACCCGUUCAAAGGCGCAUCUGCCACUGCUGUGGCUGCUGCUGUGGCUGCCGCCGUGGAAACUGUUACCGUGGCACAGCCAAUCUCUGUCAGCAGUAGCCAGCCGAGCUCUCAGCUGGGGCCAAUCAAAAAAGCCAAAACCAAAGAGGGAAAGGGGCCAGGGGUUAGAAAGAAAAGCAAGACUGUGAAAGAGGUGAAGAAGAAACCCAAGCCGAAGAAGACCAAAUCAAAGUCGGGCCAAAGUGGGAAGAAGAAGAAAGCAUCCUCGAGUGAGGAGGACUUCCUGGAGGAGUCAGACUUUGAUGACAUCAGCAUCCACAGUGCCUCUGUGCUUUCUGAUACCUUGGGGGCUACCACCAAGAAAAAAGCCCGGCGUGGGCGGAAAAAAAGGAAAAAGGAUGGUGAUGGCUAUGAGACAGACCACCAGGAUUACUGCGAGGUGUGCCAGCAGGGUGGGGAGAUCAUCCUGUGUGACACUUGUCCAAGAGCCUACCACUUGGUCUGUCUGGACCCUGAGCUGGAAAAGGCCCCUGAGGGCAAAUGGAGCUGUCCGCACUGUGAGAAGGAGGGUAUCCAGUGGGAGGCCAAAGAUGAUGAUGAGGAGGAGGAAGAGCCAGCAGGCGAGGAAGAGGAUGACCACAUGGAGUUCUGUAGAGUGUGUAAAGAUGGAGGAGAACUGCUGUGUUGUGACACCUGCCCAUCCUCCUACCACAUUCACUGCCUCAACCCACCUCUCCCUGAGAUCCCCAAUGGAGAGUGGCUGUGUCCACGCUGCAUGUGUCCCCCUCUUAAAGGCAAGGUGCAGAAGAUUCUACACUGGACAUGGGGGGACCCGCCGUUGCCAGCUGAACUGCCUCCUGGCCCUGAUGGCAAGCCUGUGGAUCCAUUGGCCAAGCCCCCACUCAAAGGCCACCCAGAGAGGGAGCUCUUUGUGAAGUGGGCUGGUCUUUCCUACUGGCACUGCUCCUGGGUCAGCGAGCUGCAGUUGGAGCUGUACCACACAGUCAUGUACCGUAACUACCAGAGAAAGAAUGACAUGGAUGAGCCCCCGCCUUAUGACUACGGUUCUGGGGAGGAGGAGCUCAACAGCGAGAAGAGGAAGAGCAAAGACCCCCAGUAUGCUGCAAUGGAGGAGCGCUUCUAUCGCUAUGGCAUUAAGCCAGAGUGGAUGGUUAUCCACCGAAUACUCAACCACAGUUUCGAUAAGGAUGGAGAUGUGCAUUACCUGAUCAAGUGGAGAGAUCUGCCCUAUGACCAGUGCACCUGGGAGGUGGAUGAUUUUGACGUCCCUGAAUAUGAUGGUCAUAAAGCUUCUUAUUGGGACCACAGGGAGCAAAUUCUGGGGGAGGACCAACGCCCCCUGGUGGUGAGAAAAGGAAAGAAACUCAAAGACGACCAUCCAAAGAGGGAAAUCCCUCCUGAUGCUCCCAUCAUAGAUCCAACCAUCAAGUUUGAGCACCAGCCGUGGUACAUUAAUGCCACAGGGGGAACGCUGCACCCAUACCAGCUGGAAGGUCUGAACUGGCUGCGGUUCUCCUGGGCACAGGGCACAGACACCAUCCUGGCUGAUGAGAUGGGCCUGGGCAAGACAGUGCAGACUAUAGUGUUCCUUUACUCGCUCUAUAAGGAGGGUCACUCAAAGGGGCCUUUCUUGGUUAGUGCGCCCCUCUCCACCAUCAUCAACUGGGAGAGGGAAUUUGAGCUGUGGGCCCCAGACUUCUACGUGGUCACAUACACUGGGGACAAAGACAGCAGGGCGGUUAUCAGGGAGAACGAGUUCACCUUUGAAGACAGUGCAGUCAAAUCAGGACGCAAGGUCUUCCGCAUGAAGAAAGACACUCCCAUCAAGUUCCAUGUGCUGUUGACAUCCUACGAACUGAUCACUAUUGAUCAGGCCAUUCUGGGCUCCAUCAGCUGGGCUUGCCUGGUGGUAGAUGAGGCGCACAGACUCAAGAACAACCAAUCUAAGUUUUUCAGAAUUCUCAACGGGUAUAAGAUCUACUACAAGCUGCUGCUGACUGGAACUCCUCUUCAGAACAACCUGGAGGAGCUGUUCCACCUGCUUAACUUCCUCACGCCAGAGCGCUUCAAUAACCUAGAGGGCUUCCUGGAGGAGUUUGCUGACAUCUCAAAGGAGGACCAGAUCAAGAAGCUGCAUGACUUGCUGGGGCCUCACAUGCUCAGACGACUGAAAGCCGAUGUGUUCAAGAACAUGCCUGCGAAGACAGAGCUGAUUGUCAGAGUGGAGCUCAGCCCCAUGCAGAAGAAGUAUUAUAAGUUCAUCUUGACGAGAAACUUUGAGGCUCUGAACUCCAAAGGUGGAGGGAACCAAGUGUCCCUGCUCAACAUCAUGAUGGACCUCAAGAAGUGCUGCAACCAUCCCUACCUGUUCCCUGUAGCUGCUGUGGAAGCCCCCGUAUUACCAAACGGUUCCUAUGAUGGUAACCUACUGGUGAAGUCCUCAGGAAAACUGACUCUUCUUCAGAAGAUGCUGAAGAAACUCAAAGAUGAAGGACACAGAGUUCUCAUUUUCUCCCAGAUGACCAAGAUGCUGGAUCUGCUUGAGGAUUUUCUGGAGUAUGAGGGUUAUAAAUAUGAACGUAUUGAUGGCGGAAUUACAGGAGGCCUCAGGCAGGAGGCCAUUGAUCGCUUCAAUGCACCAGGUGCUCAGCAAUUCUGCUUCUUGCUUUCAACACGUGCUGGAGGUCUUGGCAUCAACCUGGCUACUGCAGACACUGUCAUCAUCUACGACUCUGACUGGAAUCCUCACAAUGACAUCCAAGCAUUUAGCCGGGCCCACCGUAUAGGCCAGAAUAAAAAAGUGAUGAUCUAUCGCUUUGUGACACGGGCCUCAGUGGAGGAGCGGAUCACUCAGGUGGCAAAGAGGAAGAUGAUGCUGACACACCUAGUGGUGCGGCCCGGCCUGGGCUCCAAAACAGGCUCCAUGUCCAAACAGGAGCUGGACGACAUCCUCAAGUUUGGCACUGAGGAGCUCUUCAAAGAUGAAGUGGAGGCAGCCCGAACCAUGGGUUCAGAGCCUAUUUUUAAUAGGCCAGAGUUUUUAACAAUCAAGGUGUCUGCUAACCAAAACUUUACAUUAACAGGGGACAAUAAGGACGGUGAGGAGGGCAGUGUGAUCCACUAUGAUGACGACGCCAUCUCCAAGCUGCUGGACCGCAGUCAGGAUGCCACCGAAGACACCGAGAUCCAGAACAUGAACGAGUACCUCAGCUCCUUCAAGGUGGCACAGUAUGUGGUGAAAGAGGAGGAUGGAGAGGAGGAGGUGCAGCGUGAGAUCAUCAAGCAGGAGGAGAACGUGGACCCAGACUACUGGGAGAAGCUCCUCCGCCACCACUACGAGCAGCAGCAGGAGGAUCUCGCCCGCAACCUGGGCAAGGGCAAGCGCAUCCGAAAGCAGGUCAACUACAAUGACACCACCCAGGAGGACCAAGAAUGGCAGGAUGAUCUUUCAGACAAUCACUCCGAGUACUCCGUGGGGUCCGAGGACGAGGACGAAGACUUCGAGGAGAGGCCUGAAGGUGGGUGCGGUCGAAGACAGUCUCGCCGGCAGCUGAAGAGUGAGAAGGACAAACCCCUGCCGCCCUUAUUGGCACGCGUAGGGGGCAACAUUGAGGUCCUUGGGUUCAAUGCCCGCCAGAGGAAAGCCUUCCUCAAUGCCAUCAUGCGCUGGGGCAUGCCUCCUCAGGACGCUUUCAACUCCCAUUGGCUGGUCAGGGAUCUGAGAGGGAAGAGUGAGCGUGAGUUCAGGGCCUACGUGUCUCUGUUUAUGAGACAUCUGUGUGAGCCAGGGGCGGACGGAGCGGAGACUUUUGCCGACGGAGUCCCACGUGAGGGGCUGUCCCGCCAGCAUGUCCUCACGCGGAUCGGAGUCAUGUCCCUCGUUAGGAAAAAGGUGCAAGAGUUUGAGCAUGUUAAUGGGAAGCUGAGCUCUCCAGAUCUGAUUCCUAUUGGAAUGGAGCUGAAGAAACUGACUGAGAGUCUAUCCUCUGAUCCCAACACACCCGUGCCAGCCAGCCCUGUUGCCACACAGCCUGGCACCCCUGUCCCACCAGAGAAGAUUGAGUCUCUCUCAGGCUCCGCUGAGGACAAGGAGUCCGCAGAGCCAGAUAACAAGAAACUGACAGAGCAGGAAGUGAGUCUUUCCCCCUCCUGUAUCCAUUGCUUCCACUUUUUUUCCCUUUUAUUGUCUUGUCCAUCUUCCCACGGUUCAUCACACUUUGACCAUUCUCAUCUUAUCAUCCUCAGAGCAUGCCUCUGUCAAACACAGACACCUACCCCUUCCAGUACAGACUCAGCGUCUGCACCUGAGAAGCCAGCUGACAGUGAAGAGACCGUGGCCAGCUCAGAGGAAAAAACAGGAGAUGAGAGGGACAGAACUGAGUCACCCUCUACAAAGUCAGAGCCAGCUGCCAACCCGAAAGAGCCUGUUCUGAAACUGACAGAGCUGCCAUCUAAUCAAACCUCACCUAAGGCUGAGCCCUGCAAAGAGACAGAGAAGUCCUCGGAGAAAGGAGAUAGUGAUGCCCCUGCAAAAACAGAAGACAAGGAAAAUAAACCAGCUGUUGCAGAUGACGUGAAGAGCGAAGACGCUCUAGAGGGGCGACUAAAUGGAGAGAAAGAGACAUUGGAUGACAUGGAUGAGAGCAGGAGGGAUGACAAAAAUGGAUGCAAAACCAGGUUCAUGUUCAAUAUCGCGGAUGGGGGCUUCACAGAGUUGCACACGCUAUGGCAAACAGAGGAGCGGGCCGCACUCUCAUCUGGGAAGAUGUAUGACAUCUGGCACCGUCGCCAUGACUAUUGGCUGCUGGCUGGCAUUGUAACACACGGCUAUGCUCGCUGGCAAGACAUCCAGAAUGACCCGCGUUAUGCUAUCCUAAACGAGCCCUUCAAGACUGAGAUGCAUAAGGGCAACUACCUGGAGAUGAAGAACAAGUUCCUGGCUCGGCGCUUUAAGUUGUUGGAGCAGGCUCUCGUGAUUGAAGAGCAGCUGAGGAGGGCGGCGUACCUGAACAUGACGCAGGACCCCAGCCACCCAGCCAUGGCCCUGAACACACGCUUUGCUGAGGUGGAGUGUUUGGCGGAGUCCCACCAGCACCUGUCCAAAGAGUCUCUGGCCGGGAACAAGCCUGCCAAUGCCGUGCUGCACAAAGUGUUGAACCAGCUGGAGGAACUCCUGAGUGACAUGAAGGCGGACGUGACGCGGCUGCCCAACAUGCUGUCCAGGAUCCCCCCGGUGUCGGCCCGCCUGCAGAUGUCUGAGAGGAGCAUCCUGAGCCGCCUCACCAGCCGAGGCAACGAACCUCCACCGCAACAGGGUGGGUUUGGCUGCUCUCAAAUGUACAGCAGCAGCUUUGGAGGGGGCUUCAGAGGGCCAGGUGGACAACCCAUGGUCAACUACAGUCAGAUGCCUCUGGGACCCUACGUCAGUGUUUCCUCUAACGGCCCCCCACCCCCUGCAAGCCAUCUGGACAAGAAGUCAAUCGACUCCCUGAGAGACGUGGCCACCCCUGACCUCAAGUCAGGCAAACCCAGUGAUGUCAUCUGUAUCGAGGACUAGACCAGCUCUGUAUCACACUGGCCUGAGGUCAGUAACUCCCAGGGAUGACAUCUGCAUGGAUAACAGCCGUCCGUCUCUUCUGCCACAUCCUCCUCUUUCUCUCGCUCCUUCCUGUCGGCCAACUCUGACUUGAAUCUAGAAAAAGAAGCUCUCUGUCUGCGGAUAAGGCGAUUAACUUUUUGAUCAAUACAGAUGUAUCUAUCUAUCUUAACGAUUGCACUUUUAUCUUUCAAGGAUCCUCUAGAAGUAUUUCAAUAAAUAUUUGCUUUUGUUAACUUUUGCCGGAGAGCUGAGGAUUAGGAGGGAACAGCUCUUCUUCUUAGAGGGAAAAAUCUUUUCUUUUUUUCAGCUCACGAACCUGUUGGUGUGAGCGAGGUGGUGGUGCCGAGGCUCUGAUGCUCUGGAUUGGGGUUCAAUCUAAUCAUGGAAUGUGUGUUUUGUUCAUGCCAGCCCUGACUUUUUUAUCCAGUGUGCGCCCUGUUGCUUUCAUCCAUCUGGCUAUCCACUGUGCACUGUGACUGCCCCCACCCUCCCCACUGGAGCUUGUUCCUUACGAAGAGGAGUGAAGUGACGGAAGGCUUCAGUCAUAGUUUGAUAGGAGAUUGUUUUUAUGAGAGCCAAUUCUGUUCCUUUAAAAUGAAUACCUGUUUUGUCCUUCAUGUAGUAGCCCGUGGGCAAAGUGUUGAUUUGAAAGUAUCAAAGACUACUAUCGUGUAUGCAGUAGCUGGACGCACUCUGCCUCAAUCCUCUAAAGACUGCCACCCACUGGUCAUUUGGAGAAAGUGAUUUCUACCAAGACUGCAGAUACAUGGCUGCAGUACCCAGCAACCUGUGAGGGUGGGUCACUUGUACUGUAUAUAUUCAAAGAGACUGCUGUUUAUUUUACCUCACAUAGGUCUAAUCAUAGUGAAAAUAUGUAUACAUAAUAGAUGGAAUCAAAAGGCUGGGUUAAUCCUUAGGUGAAUCGUACAGAGCAGGAUGAAAACUGUGGGAGUGGCAAAAUGAUUUUUAAUACAUUUCAGCGGAGACUGGAUAUUUCUGUGUACGGUACAAUAUUUGUGUUUCUUUCUAUAUUUGAAUGUUAGUAGUGGCUGUAGAGCUAAACCCUGGGGCCAUGACCAGUGGGACUGCACUAUAAACAGGAACUCUUCUGGUCUGCAUCCACAUACAGGGCUUUAACCAUCGGUCCUAUCUCAGUACAGAGUCCUGGGCGAAGGGUGUAGGAGAUUUUUCUUUUUUUUGCCUUACAUCCCAGGGACUUUCCCAGUUCCCUUUCAUUGUGAGAACUGAAUAAGAAAAUAUGUGCUUAUGACACUAUGUCACCUUAAGGCUUGCGCUUGUCAUGAAAUAAGCUUUUGUUUGCUUAUCUUUUGUGUUUAAGGUAAAAUUAAGUAUAUUUGAGCAAAACAUUUCGGUUCAGUGCCAUUAAACGGGCUCUGCCCGGUCUAGAAGUGAGAUGAUCCAGUAUGAUCUGUCUGUUCGUCGAUGCAGUGUACUUUCUCCAUUGAGGUAAAGACUGUGGUUUGUGGUAUUACAAUCUCUGCCUCAAUUUAUAGGAAUACUCUCUGUAUAUCAGCUUUCAAGGACCAAUGUUGCACAGCAUUACUCUUGGGAAACUGUCUUUACUUCAAGAUUCACGUCAAGAUUCUUCGGUCAUAUGUUGGUUCCUUCAAGAGUGUAUGUUGUAGCCUGAAGCUUUACCUGGUGUAAAGACACUGUAGCAUGGUAUAGCUACACAUCCUGUCCAUUCCAUCCCUGUGCUAAUGAACGUGACUGUCCUACAAGUGAAACCUUUUAUAAAUUCAAGGUUGCUGUAUUUCCUUUUCUAUGGAUUCAUAGUUUGAAUGUUUGGACUCAAAGUACAAAUCUUAAUUGAGGCAUUUGUCAUUAUCCCCGUUUCCCUCCCCAACAACCAGUGGCAUUACCUGUUUGUAUUAUUAUUAUUGCCAUUGCUACAGCACUUAUUCGACAUUGUUGAGAUGAGGAUUGUGAUCCGACUAUUCUAAACUUUAAGAGAUUCUGUUGUACAGAGUUGGUGAGUGUAUUUUGUUACUCUCCUCUUACAAGUUCAAAUGAUUGUCCUGAGGUGCUCUGUCCUGACCCUUUUUAUUUACCAUAUAUUGUGUUACCGCAACCUCUUUGCCAGUUGUUUCUCCGAUGACACGCUUUAACCGAGAAGAAACACUCAAUGCAACAUUACGAGACAUUGAUGAGCAGCCUUUCUUUCAAAAAUGACCACGAGAUGAACCUUGCGCUAAUUCUUUGUUCGUGUUUCGCAGUGCUGUUUUGUUCACUGUGUUUCUGUUGAUGUCAUCAGUUACUUGACCUUGUUAGGUUGCUUGACAGAGAGAACCUCAGAAACAUGUAAAUAGUGAGAGAUUUUUCAGAGAUAUGUCCAUCUCAUGUAGAUUUAUGUACCAAACUGAGAAAAAAAAAACAAAAAACAAAAAAACAAAAAACAACUGAAUGUUUGCAGGGUGGUGUUGCCAUAAAACUGCAGUGUGCACAGAAACGUGCUCAUCAAUCAACAUCAUGUCUGUUUCCCUCUGGAGUGAUGACUAUGAGACGACGUCAAAAACGCAAUGCUCAAAUGAAAUGCAAUCAAACUGAAGUCAGUAUGAAUGUAACGUCUGUUAGAAAAAAAGGCUUCAGUCUAAUAUUAUAAAUAUGUUAACAAUGUAUGUACAUGCUUAUAAACUUGGCUUCAAAAGCUACCAAAAGACCCUGGUAAAGGCACCUUUGUUGCAGUGAAUGCACAGCAUGUGAAACGUUUUGUAUGACGGUUCACUUUGGGGAGGCGGUAGUGAUUGCUCUGUGUGGCUAGCAUUUACAGACAAUGAGCUCCAAGCAGUGUGAUGGUACUGAUAUUUGUGCUGUAUAGCAAUUGAAUGAAAAAAAAGUGAAUUGUCAUCUUUUAAUUUGUAUUCUGUGUAUUUGUUCAAUGUGUUUUAAUAAAUCUUCUGGACAACAA